CAAAGUUCUUCGCAUUAAUUACGAGCGACUCACACCGCCUGUCAGUAUACUUUCCAACGUGCACCGCCAUUCAGUGCCAGCGCCACACACUGAAUUUGACGUGGUAAUAUCACGCUCUGGCCCCCAAUCUCGCCAAACGCGAUAGUCCAUGCACCUCAGCCUCAGGUGUGGCUGAGGUCUCUAGCAUGACCUCCAUGCAGCGCAGAAGACGGCCGUCAAACCAAUGGCGAAGCAGCGCCACCGUUGUGCCGCAUGUUAGGCGUCCAGGAUAGCCACAAACACCCUGUAUCUCAGAAUAGAUUGAACGGGUGUCUUCGCGCGUCGUCGUGAGACGUGCCUCGUUAUUUGUACUCGCGGUCCUUUGUCUAUGUACUGUCAAAAAUAUCGCAUUACAAACAGAGCGUCUGAACACCGAUUUAUACAUUUAGACAAUACCGUUGACGCCUCGUCAUGAUGUUCUCUCCGACACCAAAAAGUAAAGCUGCCAGUAUAUGGUCUGUUGACUCGGGCUACGGCUCUGCCACUUUGGAAGAUGCCGAAGGAGUCCCUGUCAACCAAACAGGAAGCUCUUCAAUCCAUAAAACGGUCUCUCUGAUCGAGAAAGAACCUGUAAAUCUAGAUUUGCGCGACUCUUUCAGCCUUGCAGAAGACAGGACUCGCGCAAGAGCAAUUACCGAUUCGACUGAGCCCCAGGACACCAGACUCGAUGUGUUUACAUCCAAGGUUUGCUCGAGCAAUGCAUCGUUGUUCGCGACACCAAACAGCGACCAUGAUUGCCUCCGAUGUCAGCUCUGGAACAUAACAAAUCCUGGGGAGGACCUUAGAUGCGAAGACUGCGUCAGUGAAGCUUCUGCAUCAUCUGCGACUAUUGUUCGGGUUCCUGGACAGUCGGAAACUAUUCCUGUAGCAAUUCGACUAGACACAGUCGAGGAACCUCCUUCGCAAUCUCUCCCACGGUCUAAGGGCACCGCGCGAUGCUCCGCGUGUGAGAUAUCUGCACUUAUCCACCCGGGCCAAUCUACCAAUUGUACUUCAUGCACACCGGAUACAGAAGUAUCAUUCCAACCUCGAGUGAGCAAGCCAUCGGAAGUCAGGCGUUCGUGCGCCCGACGACCACCUACCAAACUCGAGUCGCAUGCUACGCGAUGUCUGCAUCGGUGGCUGAAGGAGAACCGAAACAACCCGUACCCGGACAACGAUACCAAGCGUUUGUUAGCCACAAAAUGCGGAAUCACUGAGAAACAGGUCAACACUUGGUUUACUAACGCGAGGGCGCGAAGAAGGGUAAUCGAUACGAGUUUGUCAAAUCCGGCCUCGGAAGACGAGGAUUCGCGGGAAACCAGACUUUCGAGCGUAACAUCGACGACGAUGUCAAAUGAAGCAUUGUUUGAUCAUCACGGUCCUAUUGUAGCCUAUUGUCCAGCCGAAGGUUCCAACCAGACCGGUAUAGUCACGUCUAGACGAGGCAAGAAAAAGGACUAUGGCCAGUCUAGCAGCAUUCGGCUUGCAGCGCACCAGGGAUCAGUUGCCCAAUCUGCAUCACUGUUGGCAUCCAAAAACAAUGAUGAUGGCGAAAAGCAGACCUGGCAAUGCACUUUUUGUUACCAGCAUAUCGCACGUAAGUCCUGGCGGCGCCAUGAGGAAACACAACAUCGUCCCAAACGGAAGUGGACAUGCUUGCUUUCUGGGCCAAGGAUUACACUUCCCUCGCGGUCUGAUAAUGUCACACUCUGUGUCUUCUGUAUGAUAUCAAGCCCUAGCGAUCUGCACUUUGCACAAUGCCACCGCAUAGCCGAAUGUAUAACCAAGGGCGAAGACGAAAGAACAUUCUUGCGACCGGAUCACCUACGUCAGCACGUCAGGAACUUCCACAAGGCGAAACUGGAUGAGACCAUCCGCGAUCUUUGGAGACGAGAAGGACCAGGCAACACCGCUGUGGAGAAUUGGGUUUGCGGUUUCUGCGAAAAGGUGCUGAAGACGUGGGAAGAUCGAGAGACACAUAUUGCAGGCCAUUUCAAGGACGGUCUGACAAUGACGAACUGGAAGGGAUACACACGAGAGGAUUCUGGAGUUGAAGCAAGAAAGAAGAGACCGACCUCGAGUGAAGGGAGACCUAACAUGCUCUCAAAGAUAGCUCGGACACUUACUGGUCGACCAGUGCACCAACAGCAUCACUGUGAGUCACAUGGCCAGAACACCGACAAUCUCGCUGCCACGCCGAUAUCCAUGGACACGACCGGUCGAAAUUUGUGUUUGUUACCAGAGCUGAUCUUUGACAACUUCAUGCUGGGAGUAGGUCAUGAUUACUUCGACUCCAACAUUUCGGACUUUACUAGCGCGUACGGGCAAGACGUUGUUUCUGCUAGACGUCGCGACUCAGCAUUUCCCGGUGAGGGUGACCCCGGAUUUAGCUUUGAUAAUCUGGCGGAGGAUACCACUAGCGAAGACUUCUCGAAUUUGGACACGUUUGGGCUCUGGUAUCAGUAACUAGAGAUAUAUGUGACAUUAACAGCCAUCCAAAUUACAAUGCCAAGGACAAAAACAGCUUCAAGAGUCUCAGAUGUGAAGGACGACGGAUUCGCCAUAGGGGUACGUACCAUAAGAGGAAAUACCAGGUUCUCGUAGAAGAUACUGAUAUGUGAACCUGAAAGCGUAGCAGUGCUCGGUGCCAAAAAGACCCGCGAUUCUACACCAAAAUUAAGAGAAAAGGUCAUCGUUUCAAUUCAAACACUUCUUUUCGUUGAUGUAGU